UCUCUGCAAUAUAUGCAUAAAUUAAUUCAUGAGAUCUAUUAUUUUUCAAUAUUCGUCUUCGAUCUUUUCUCCCCCUGGUACUCGAUUGUAUAUAUUUAUUUCAUUCUGCGGGCAAGAAGUGGAGCACACGUAAUAACAGAUAAAAGUAGAUUCAUUAACGAUGCAGUUACAACGACGUUGAGAACGACGAUAGUGAACUGCGUUUCCGUAUACGUAACGUUCGUGUUGUUACCAUUGUCAUGUAUGCGAUAUUGUGAACUUAUAUGCACCGAAGGAAUAUAUCAUCUUGUACAGUGUCUGUCGUGACUCCCCUAAAUAGAAACAAAACGCAUUUCAGGCAUAUAUUAACAUAUUAUUUGCGAUAAUUAAAUCUAAGUUUAUGUUAAACUGACUUUAUUGCAAUCAUGUUUGCCAGUGAUAUUAAUGUUUAUGAGGAAAUGGUGUGCGAUGAGACUCAAAAGUCAAACUUCAUUCAAGAGCAAUCACUACAAUAUCCUAUGUUGUUAAAGCAAGAACGCAUUGCAGAAAGUCUGGUUGUGGGUGAGGAGAUAGUUGUAGGUGGCGAUCAUCUAUUUGGCGAGACUGAUUGUCAGGAAACUGACACAACUAUGUAUUUCAAUCACGAUUUGGAGAAUUGUAACAAAAUAAACAUCAAGUACGAAGAAUCCGGCACUUCGAUACCUCUGACAGAAAGUUCAAUCGUUGACAAGUGGGAUUGUGAAGAUAUCGACAUAUCUUCGUUAAAAGGAAACGAGUAUGAUAACGCCUCCAGUGAACAGGACACCGACGAAGAAACUAUCGCCACUUUUGUCACCGCGACCGGACAGCAACUGGCACUGUAUGCUGUGGAAGACUCAGAGGAGAUAUAUGCCGUGGCUCUUUACGACGAAUCUGGCAAACCUCCGACUAAUUUCCAAUUUCUCAUGAAAGCAGAUGUGGAACGUCUGAUAGGUGAAGGAGCCGUGAGAACGGUGAAGAAACCGACACAAAUGAAGAAACGACUGUUGACUACUCAGUCGUAUCUUCAUAGUGAAGACUUUGAGGAAAUGGUGGAGCAGGCCCAUGUGGACGUGAACAACGGUAUCAUUACUCACGACAUGUCUAUCGAUGACAAGUGUAUAGACGGGUCGGAAAGCUACGAAACGGAAUACGACUACAAAACGACUUCUCAUCAGAACUACAGUGAUUUCGCUACGAUCGCUUCAAACACAUCCAAUGACAUUAUUUAUAACACAGUUGACAAGCAGCCCGAUGUCACCACGUAUCUCUUGAUGAACGAUCGUUCCAACAAUAUUGAAUAUAAAGUGAAACGUGAGGAGCCAUAUUCGAAAAAGCAUGUAUUAUUAACGGAACAAACAGACGAAAUUCAGGACGCUCAAGAGGUCAGGCAGGACGAAGAACUGAUGGAGCGCUCCACCGUACAAUACAUCCUGUUUGAUGAGGAGCAAUCGGACUCCGAGCUGACUUUCGACGAGAUCCAGAGGACGCUGGAGAACCUGAGGAAACCUCGUAGAAAAGGAUCGAGGGACGCGUCUGCGGACAGCAGCGAACGAUCCGACAGCAAGUCACAGGACGAUUACUCGUGCAUCAAACGAGAGGUUCUCUACAAUUCUUCGAUGGAGAUCGAUUCGUCGUUAGAGAUGGACACGAUUCACAACGAGACGCAGUCCUUGUCGUUUACCCCGCGGACACCGUCAGAUAAUGAAUCGGACGAUCGGCAACGUCUGAUUGAUACUCUGACCGACUCCCCCCCGUCGACGGAGAAGGCGCAGCCACGUCUGAAACGAUCGCGCAAGCAGCAGCUGACGUCGAUGAAUCGAGAUGACGGUGAGAUCAUCAUUCAGCCGGCGUCGUUGCUUAGCGAGGAGGAGCUGACUGGCAAGAAACGGGGCAGGCGGCGACGUCCCAGGCCGCCUCAGGUUCGCAUCGAGCACGGGCACGCGUCCAAGAAGAUCAAGAGGAAGAAACGGCAGAAGGUCGUGGAGGUGAUCGACCUGGACGUUGACGAGGAGGAACAGCGGAACGUCGUGAUCGAGAUCACCUUGGACGACAGCAGGGACGACGGGAAAUAUUCCAGCGACAAGGAGAAUGAGAUCAUCAUGGUGAGGGACUCGGACGACGACGAGGACGAAGGGGAGGAGGAGGAGGAGGAGGAGGAACAUUCUGGCGCCCUGACGAAGCUCAGUGGCGCGAUGCAGUGCAAACACUGCUCCAGGGGCUUCCGUCAGCGACGCGCCCUCGACACGCAUCUCAGGGUAUGCGAGAAAUCGCCAGAGAACGCCCGCAAGCUCGACAAGAGAAAAGCGAAGGGCAAACAGGAGCAGGCGGGCAGAAAGCAGUACGCCUGCAAAAUCUGCCAGGAGAAGUUCGACGUGGUGGUCGCCCUGGCGCGUCACGUUCGCGCGGAGCAUUCGCAGAGGAAGAAGCAGAGAUGGGCACCUACCUCGCAAAAGACCCAGGACAAGUCUCUGAGAUCGGUUCAACAGAGGCAGCAAGCGGAACACGAGGAAGAAGACGCCGACAUAGAGGGCGAAGAGGAGGAAGAUAACGAAGGUGAGAAGGAGCGGUCCGAAGGCGACGAUGCGGAGAAGACCGAGCUUCGCAUGCUCGGUAAGGUAAAAGGGAAAGAGAAGGACGACGACGAGACCUGUUCAUGGGAGACGGACAAGUUCAGGUGCGUCGAUUGCGGCCGAUGUUACUCGAGCUCCGCGUUACUGAGUGAGCACAGUCUGCUGCACGGCGCUAAGAAGUCCGAACCGCAACGGCGCAAGUGUCACAUCUGCAAGAAGAUCAUGAAGUCCAGGUUGCUGUUGCUGCGGCACAUCAAGAUGCACAACGCAUCCAGAUGCAGCGCGGGAUCGUCGCAUAUGCUGCGUAGGAGGUUGCGCGCCCGGCCGAGCACGCGCAUCAUGUCCCUCAGGAAGCGGGGCCGGCCGAGGAAGUUCUGAUCGUUGGUGGCCCCGCGGCACGUGUAAUAACAGCGUUAUUCUAAAGCGAAGUCUACAAUGAGAAUUUAAGCUCUGAGCCUUAAGAAAUUGACCAAUUACAGUGUCGAUUAUUCUCCUUACAUUUGACUCCGAUUGGUCGAUUUCUCAAGGCUCAGAGCUUAAAACACCUAUUGUAGACCGGAACUUACGGGACUUGUUCAAGGUGUUCCGCGGAUCGCGUCUCGAGAUCUACUUCUGGCGCGUGCGAGCGUUAAUUAGCUAUUUAUAGGUUAGCGUUAUUGAUGUAAACAGCUGCGAGCUACAUCCUCGGCCGCGUGUCGCUCGUUUCUUGAUGCCGCUCGCUCGAUCGAGCGGAGGAAGUAUCGGUGGUAUCAGAAAAGUCCGGUCGUUCGAUUCAGGACGAUGUUCUGCAUGGAAUAACGCGAGUCGAGUUGAUCGAGAAGAAAGACUGCUCGACGAAAUGGUGCUUGUUGAAAUCGGAGAUGAUGAAAUUUCAACUCCGGCUAUCCCGCCAUUCCUCGGAGUAUCUCACGUCAGGGUCCUGUUCUCAAGUUGAGACGGAUCCCUUACGGGGAAGGCCUCAUCGAGUCGGGAAUUUCGUGAAUCUCCGGUCAGCUUUGCGCGUCCGCGUUGUAAUGUCGCGGCUCACUGUAAAUAAAGCGAUACCAUAAAUUCGUUAUCAGCGA